AUGGCGGCGUCCCUGAUUUGUGGCCGAUUGUCGGCUAGCCUGAGAAAUUCUGGGGCCAGAUCGAAACUUACUACUGCAUCCAAGGUAAGUGUACGUUGGGGGGAAAAGGGGACGAAAUCCGGAUGCCUGGAGCUGUGAUUAUUUUUCUGCUGCACCAUCUUCGACGUCCAAACUUCCCCAAAAAGAGACUGGGUCAAAUUUGACAUUCGUUCAUCUCCAUUGAGGCUGCUAGGACUCUGGCUAUGCUAGCUAGACAUUACUAAUGUUUAUCUCAUUAUCUAGCUAGUUACUUUCACUUGCUAGCGAUGGCAAGAUUCAUGUAUUAAUAAACAACUAAAUGUAUUUAAAGACAAGCCCUUUUGGUGGUUCAGGGAUUUGCGUUUGCUAACAAGAGUUUUUCGCUCACAUAGUGACCUCCAACACACAUAGCGCCGACGUCAGAACGGGAUGAAUGGAGGCUAUGCGACAUCGAGGCUGUCGGCAUCUGAGAUUUAGCUAAAUAGGUUAGCUACAAUAGCCAGCUAGCUAACUGUCAGAUUUAUAAGGGUUAGUGGGACUUUUUACAUUCGAGAAAAGGUUUUGGUGUCGACAGAAUGAUUCAAUUGACGCCCAAAUGACAUGUUUGAUGUGUUCCUCUUUCAUAUCCGCAAACUUCCUGUAUUGACACAUCUAUUCCACAUUUUUGUUGUGUGUCUGUGUGCCCUCUUUUGUAUGGAUGUAACAAUUCUCAUUCAAUGUCCUUGCACAGACUAUGAACUCCCCCUGACAUGAGUAGGUACUGUCAUGUCACUGCAUCACUAGUGUUCUCUCUCUCCUCUACCCCCCCCUCCUCCCUCUCCCCUCUCUCAAGGUGCUGGGUGGUUCCUCCGGCCUGCUUGGGCCUCAGCAGCAGUCCCCCCACCUGCAGCAGCAGCAGAGGAACCUCUCCCUGCAUGAGUACAUGAGCAUCGGCCUGCUCAAAGAGGCUGGCGUCUGUGUGCCCGAGGGCAAGGUGGCCAGCUCACCCAAUGAGGCCUACUCUGUUGCCAAGGAGAUUGGUAAUCCAUAGGCUAAUAGGAUGUGGGCAAAUUGAUUGCAGUAGACUAAAUUGGUGAUAAACCCUUUGAAUUGACAGUAUGCCUAUAUUAUGUCAGACCAGGUAGUAGUGAGUCUGGUUACUUUCUACAUAAAAUCUUAAUUGUUGUUCGACUGAGUCAGGUAUGGUCUGAGAGUGGGACGUACACUGUAAUCUAGGGAUGUCCCAGUAUAAUAAUAAUAUAAUAUGCCAUUUAGCAGAUGCUUUUAUCCAAAGUGACUUACAGUCAUGCGUGCAUACAUUUUUGUGUAUGGGUGGUCCCGGGGAUCGAACCCACUACCUUGGCGUUACAAGCGCCGUGCUCUACCAGCUGAGCUACAGAGGACCACCAGUAUCAUUGUAGUGCCAUACUGAGAGCUCCGAUAGAAUGGCUGGAAGAUCAUAAUACCUCAUAAGAAUUCAAAAGGCAGAAAGACAGUAGGGCCGGGACGAUACCAGGAUCACGAUACUCUUUAGUAUCGUGGCAAGGAAACAAAACAAGAAGCGGAUUUGACUUCUUUAGGAAAACAGCCCUAAUGUUGUUUGUCAUCGACGGUCACAUUUAUUUAUUUUCCAAGCUAUAGCACACAAUAUUUUACAUACCGCAGGUUUUUAAAGGACCAAAGAGUUUGGUCUGCUUCAUGUUUUCAUUUUUUCCAUGGAAAAAAAUAUUGCCAUACUGGUAUUGUCACAGCACUAAAAGACGUAUUUUUUUCUUCUUCUAUAUAUUCUUUAGUUUACGAGCUAUGACUGCUAUCGAUAUCUAGGGGUGCUUCACUGAGUGCUCACAUCCCAAAAUAUACACAUUUCACCUCAUGACCAUUACGCACAUGACGCAUGGUGGGUGUAAAAUUAUUCACUUUGAUUCACUUUUGCGCAUAGUCAAUCAUAAUCAGUUACACUACAUGACCAAAAGUAUGUGGACACCAUCUCAUUCCAAAAUCAUGGGCAUUAAUAUAGAGUUUGUCCCCCCUUUGCUGCUAUAACAGCCUCCACUCUUCUGGGAAGGCGUUCCACUAGAUGUUGGAACAUUGCUGCGGGGACAUUCAGCCACAAGAGCAUUAGUGAGGUCGGGCACUGAUGUUGGGCGAUUAGGCCUGGCUCACAGUCAGCGUUCCAAUUCAUCCCAAAGGUGUUCGAUGGGGUUGAGGUCCGGGCUCUGUGCAGGCCAGUCAGUUUCUUCCACACCGAUCUCGCUUUGUGCACGGGGGCAUUGUCAUGCUGAAACAGGAAUGGGCCUUCCCCAAACUGUUGCAACAAAGUUGGAAGCACAGAAUCGUCUAGAAUGUCAUUGUAUGCUGUAGCAUUAAUAUUUCCCUUCACUGGAACUAAGGGGCCUAGCCCGAACCAUGAAAAACAGGCCCAGACCAAACGUUACAGUUGGCACUAUGCAUUGGGGCAGGUAGUGUUCUCCUGGCAUCCACCAAACCCAGAUUUGUCUGUUGGACUGCCAGAUGGUGAAGCGUGAUUUAUCACUCCACAGAACACGUUUCCGCGCAUGGUGAUUUUAGGCUUGUGUGCGGCUGCUCGGCCAUGGAAACACAUUUCAUGAAGCUCCCGAGGAACAGUUCUUGUGCUGAUGUUGCCUCCAGAGGCAGUUUGGAUCUCGGUAGUGAGUGUUGCAACCGAGGACAGACAAUUUUUACGCGCUACGCACUUCAGCGGUCCCGUUCUGUGAGCUUGUGUGGCCUACCACUUCGCAGCUGAUCUGUUGUUGCUCCUAGAUGUUUCCACUUCACAAUAAUAGCAGCUCUAGCAGGGCAGACAUUUGACGAGCUGACUUGUUGGAAAGGUGGCAUCCUAUGACUGUGCCAUGUUGAAAGUAACUGAGCUCUUCAGUACGGGCCAUUCUACUGCCAGUGUUUGUCUAUGGAGAUUGCAUGGCGGUGUGCUCGAUUUUAUACACCUGUCAGCAACCACAAAUUUGAAGUGGUGUCCACAUACUUUUGAAUAUAUAGUGUACAUAUGGUCAUAAAGGUUUAUAUACAUACAAAUUGGUCUGAGUUAAAACCUAGGCUGUAGAUACUGUAUAAUUAUAGUGACCUAUUACUUUUUUUUUUUUUUACUUUCGUAGAUUAUUUGAUUUAAAUUUAAAACAAUUUGUAGCCUGAAAAGUCGGGACACCUGAAAUGGGCUGAAACUGUCCCGGAAAAACAGGAUGGUCACCCUAAUACACAAGGUCAACUUACUAAACUAGUCUACAAUGUGUAUUACCAUGAACUUCAAAUAGGCCUACCGGUAGACAGUUGUGUGUUAGAAUCUGAAGGAUCUGGAGAGAUUCUGUAUGGAGGAAUGGUCUCAGAUCCCUUGCCAUGUGUUCUCCAACCUCAUUACGCAUUAUAGGAGAACUCAGAGCUGUUAUCUUGGCAAAGGAAGGUUGCACAAAGUAUUGAAUGAAGGGGUGCCAAUAAUUGUGGCACACAUAUAUUUGAGAAAAUUAUUUGUUUUAUGCUAAUUUCUUCUUUAAGGUGGGUAAAUGGCAUUUACCCUCCACUAGACCUACACCACCGGCGGUAGCUUACCCUCUCAGCCAAGGCAAUUUUAAACACAUGAAAACACGCAGAAUAGGUAUCCUACAUUCAAUAUAAUAUAUGAGUUGAAGCAAAACAUGUUUUACACCCUAGUUCACGAGUUCUCCAUAAUUCAUGAGUUAAUGCUUGGAGUCUUCACAAAUCGUGUGACAUAAAACACUACCUUUCUUCUUUCCUUACAUUAAUGACAUUUUAUGAGUGUUUGUCAUUAUUAAGCAUUGAACUUAAACCCUUUACGAAUUAUGGAUCUUGAAGAUCUUGGAAAAUGCACUGUAAAUGAAACUAUGCCUACGUAAAAUGUAAUUAUGUUUCGCUGUGAAAACCAUUCUCAUGGGCACAUACAUCCCAAAUAAUGUAGGCCUAUGUCAUUGCAAAAUCGAAUGCUUCUAACCGAAAGAGUCAACAAUUGGCCUACUUUCAUUAAUGUAUACUAUUAACGUAUACUUGUUGGAUGGAUUAGUGGUGUCUAGCUGUGGACUAGUUGUCUAGUGAUAUUGUCGACCAUCAUCAGCUGAUCCAGGAAAGAAAACAAAUAUUGAUAGAAAAUAAUGACGCUAAAUAAAUGGUCUACUACUUCUGGCCUCGGAUGGCACGGAGAAUGCGCACACCUGAAAAACAAAGCAAUGAGUGCUCUAAACAGCUGACUGACAAAAGCAAAUAAUGAUAAAUCAACGGAUAAAUUGAAUGCAUUGGAAUAAAGGCUAUUGUUAUCAAGGACACAAUGCAAAGAAAUUGCGAAAAUUAGGAAGUAUGCCUACAAAGGAAAAUCUAUGCGUGAAGGAGCUUAGGCCAAAAUUCAGCAUUACUGGAUGGACAGUGCCGCCACAUAGAAAUAAAUGGUUUAAACCAUGACAGAGAGGUGGGGGUGUUCGUUUCAUUGGGAUAUUUUCAUAUUUACCACUGUAAAACAUAUUUACCACUGCAUUUUAAACAAAUAAGAGAAUUGUUAAAUUAGCAUUAUUUAGAGACCCCCCUCAAAGUUGGACUUUUAUUGCAUUUAAGGGAGCUAAUGUCUCAUUCAGGGGAGCUAAGCCCCCCCCACGGCUCCCCCGUAAUUCGCACCAUGAUGUAUAUAAUCUUAUAUGACCAUAUCUACCUCUGUGAUUAAUUAUGAUUGACUAUUGAAGUUAAAUGUUUCCACACCCAGUGUGAUUAGUGGUGAAUAGUGAAAUGUGUAUAUUUUGGGAUGUGAGCACAGUCUGUUUGACCUGACGAAGAUCCGUUUCGGAUUGAAACAUUUUCAACAAAGCGGUGAAUUGGGAGCGUAAACAGUGUGCCGGCCUUCUUGUUAUUUACUAGUAUUCUUUAUUAUCCCAGCACCUAAGUUAAGGAUGUGCGUAUGACCACAAACUUUUCUAAUGAGUAGGGCUAAAUGAUUCACUAAGUACUCAAUGCUAACACAAUUUGUUUGGUGGUUGUGGAUACAGAUUAACUUGACAACAUUAGCCUAGUCAUUUAGGGCCUUAUGAGUGCAUACUUCUGCUAAAAUGGUUGUGUUAGACAGUGUUUACACUGACGAUGUUUUGUGCAGUUUGUUACACACAUUAUCUCUGUGUAUAAGUGGAAUGUUGGGCAUGUCUGUAACGGUUACUGUCUCUCGCUCUCUCUGUGUGUGUGUCUUAGGCACCAAGGAUCUGGUGGUGAAGGCCCAAGUGUUGGCUGGAGGCCGAGGCAAAGGCACAUUCGAGGGAGGGCUGAAGGGAGGAGUGAAGAUUGUCUACUCGUGAGUGUCCGAGACAUCUCCUCUCAAACUGCACCCACACUUCUACUCUGUCUUUAUUAUUCUCCCCCUCUCUUACAGGCCAGAGGAGGCCCGGGACAUCUCCUCACAGAUGAUUGGCCGUAAACUGUACACCAAGCAGACAGGCGAGCAGGGUCGUAUCUGUAACCAGGUGUUCAUCUGUGAGCGCAGGUACCCCCGCAGGGAGUACUACUUCGCCAUCACCAUGGAGAGAUCCUUCCAGGUGAGGCCAUUCUCUGCCCCUUCGCCUCUCAGGUGACAACAGGUGACACCGUCAGAUUUGACAAAUUGGGCAGUUGUGAUUUAAGAAUGUUGGAUGUUACCACUAGAUGGUGUAGUGGUAAAGGACAUGGGUAUGGACAUGUUGGAAACGCUUGUGCUCCAUGGGACUUGGUUGUCCUGCUGUAUGCAGUUAUAGUUCUGUUCAUUCAAAAGGAUAAUGAGACCAGUUGUCAUUGAGAAAUGGAUUAGUUAAAUGUAUGAUAUUGCUGUGAGAAUUAUGUUCAUUUAAUUUGCUCCGUUUCAGUUUGAUUGCCACUUGCCACUCAAUGACGGUGUAAAAUUAUUGGUACUAAUAAUCUCUCGGCCCCUCCCGCUGCACAGGGCCCCGUGUUGAUUGGCAGCUCUCAGGGGGGUGUGAACAUUGAGGAUGUGGCGGCGGAGAAUCCCGACGCCAUCGUGAAGGAGCCAAUCGACAUCAUGGAGGGAAUUAAGAUGGAACAGGCUGUUUCGGUACAGUUGGGAUCGGGUUGUAAAAAUACCUCGUCAGACAGUACAGAGCGCAUGUCAAACUCUUGAUGUGACUUUGUCUCUUAGAUCACAGAAAAACUACACUCUUAAACAAUACUCAACCUGAAUUUAAAGAUCUGUAUCUAUUUUGGAGCAUGUUUAAACAAACGACUUGUGGCAACAUUUACUGUAUAUUAAUAUUUGGUCUGUCUCGAGUUUCUCUCUUAAGACAAGGGCCCCAGAAGCCUCAGAAGGCCUCAGAAUUGUUAGUUAUCCCCUCAUGCAAUGUCUUUCGAAGUCAGUAUUGACUUUGAUACAGUCUGUGAUGCUCAUUCAACAUGCCAUCUCACUCACUACAUGUUACUUAGAGUGCCUGCAAUGUUGCCAUGAAUUGACCGCCUGUCUCUCACAUUCACUCUACCUCUUAUUGUGUUUUGUUCCUCCUCUCCCUCACGUCCUCUCACCUUCAAUUGAAUUCAAAAGUGUUUUACAAGCUGGGAAUACAUUUGUUAGUGUUGCCGAAGUAUAUAUAUUUUUUCGCUCUCUCAUUCGGUCUCUCACAUUUUCUCUCUCUCCGCUUUCUCUCUCUCCAGAUUGCCACGAAGAUGGGCUUCCCUGCUGCUCUGAUCGACGACGCAGCGGCUAACAUAAUCAAGCUGUACAAUGUCUUCAUGAAGUAUGAUGCCUCCAUGCUAGAGAUCAACCCCAUGGUGGAGGAUGCCUCUGGCCAGGGUACACACACACAUUUGCUUUCAAAUCAAAUCAAAUUUUAUUGGUCACAUACACGUGUUUAGCAGAUGUUAUUGCGGAUGUAGCGAAAUGCUUGUGUUUCUAGCUCCGACAGUGCAGUAAUAUCUAACAAGUAAUAUCUAACAAUUUCACAACAUAUACUCAGUACACACAAAUCUUAAGUAAAGCAAAGGAAUUAAGAAUACAGUUGAAGUCGGAAGUUUACAUACAAUUAGGUUGGAGUCAUUAAAACUCGUUUUUCAACCACUCCACACAUUUCUUGUUAACCAACUAUAGUUUUAGCAAGUUGGUUAGGACAUCUACUUUGUGCAUGACACAAGUAAUUUUUCCAACAAUUGUUUAUAGACAGAUUAUUUCACUUAUAAUUCACUGUAUCACAAUUCCAGUGGCUCAGAAGUUUACAUACACUAAAUUGACUGUGCCUUUAAACAGCUUGGGAAAUUCCAGAAAAUGAUGUCAUGGCUUUAGAAGCUUCUGAUAGGCUAAUUGACAUAAUUUGAGUCAAUUGGAGGUGUACCUGUGGAUGUAUUUCAAGGCCUACCUUCAAACUCGGUGCCUAUUUGCUUGACAUCAUGGGAAAAUCAAAAGAAAUCAGCCAAGACCUCAGAAAAAACAUUGUAGACCUCCACAAGUCUGGUUCAUCCUUGAGAGCAAUUUCCAAACGCCUGAAGGUACCACGUUCAUCUGUACAAACAAUAGUACGCAAGUAUAAACACCAUGGGACCACGCAGCUGUCAUACCGCUCAGGAAAGAGACGCGUUCUGUCUCCUAGAGAUGAACGUACUUUGGUGCGAAAAGUGCAAAUCAAUCCCAGAACAACAGGACCUUGUGAAGAUGCUGGAGGAAACAGGUACAAAAGUAUCUAUUUCCACAGUAAAAACGAGUCCUAUAUCGACAUAACCUGAAAGGCCGCUCAGCAAGGAAGAAGCCACUGCUCCAAAACCGCCAUAAAAAAGCCAGACUACGGUUUGCAACUACACAUGGGGACAAAGAUCGUACUUUUUGGAGAAAUGUCCUCUGGUCUGAUGAAACAAAAAUAGAACUGUUUGGCCAUAAUGACCAUCGUUAAGUUUGGAGGAAAAAGGGGGUUCUUGCAAGCCGAAGAACACCAUCCCAACCGUGAAGCACGGGGGUGGCAGCAUCAUGCUGUGGGGGUGCUUUGCUGCAGGAGGGACUGGUGCACUUCACAAAAUAGAUGGCAUCAUGAGGAAGGAAAAUUAUGUGGAUAUUUUGAAGCAACAUCUCAAGACAUCAGUCAGGAAGUUUAAGCUUGGUCGCAAAUGGGUCUUCCAAAUGGACAAUGACCCCAAGCAUACUUCCAAAAUUGUGGCAAAAUGGCUUAAGGACAACAAAGUCAAGGUAUUGGAGUGGCCAUCAUAAAGACCUGACCUCACCCUAUAGAACAUUUGUGGGCAGAACUGAUAAAGCGUGUGCGAGCAAGGAGGCCUACAAACCUGACUCAGUUACACCAGCUCUGUCAGGAGGAAUGGGCCAAAAUUCACCCAACUUAUUGUGGGAAGCUUGUGGAAGGCUACCCGAAACGUUUGACCCAAGUUAAACAAUUUAAAGGCAAUGCUACCAAAUACUAAUUGAGUGUAUGUAAUGAAAUAAAAGCUGAAAUAAAUCAUUCUCUCUACUAUUAUUCUGACAUUUCACAUUCUUAAAAUAAAGUGGUGAUCCUAACUGACCUAAGACAGGGAAUUUUUACUAGGAUUAAAUGUCAGGAAUUGUGAAAAACUGAGUUUAAAUGUAUUUGGCUAAGGUGUAUGUAAACUUCCGACUUCAACUGUAUAUUAAUAAGUAUUUUUAAUGCAUUUAUUUGCAAUUAUGGUGGAAAAUAAGUAUUUGGUCAAUAACAAAAGUUUCUCAAUACUUUGUUAUAUACCCUUUGUUGGCAAUGACACAGGUCAAACGUUUUCUGUAAGUCUUCACAAGGUUUUCACACACUGUUGCUGGUAUUUUGGCCCAUUCCUCCAUGCAGAUCUCCUCUAGAGCAGUGAUGUUUUGGGGCUGUCGCUGGGCAACACGGACUUUCAACUCCCUCCAAAGAUUUUCUAUGGGGUUGAGAUCUGGAGACUGGCUAGGCCACUCCAGGACCUUGAAAUGCUUCUUACAAAGCCACUCCUUCGUAUUCCGGGUGGUGUGUUUGGGAUCAUUGUCAUGCUGAAAGACCCAGCCACGUUUCAUCUUCAAUGCCCUUGCUGAUGGAAGGAGGUUUUCACUCAAAAUCUCACGAUACAUGGCCCCAUUCAUUCUUUCCUUUACACGGAUCAGUCGUCCUGGUCCCUUUGCAGAAAAACAGCCCCAAAGCAUGAUGUUUCCACCCCCAUGCUUCACAGUAGGUAUGGUGUUCUUUGGAUGCAACUUUGUCCUCCAAACACGACAAGUUGAGUUUUUACCAAAAAGUUAUAUUUUGGUUUCAUCUGACCAUAUGACAUUCUCCCAAUCCUCUUCUGGAUCAUCCAAAUGCACUCUAGCAAACUUCAGACGGGCCUGGAAAUGUACUGGCUUAAGCAGGGGGACACGUCUUCCACUGCAGGAUUUGAGUCCCUGGCGGCGUAGUGUGUUACUGAUGGUAGGCUUUGUUACUUUGGUCCCAGCUCUCUGCAGGUCAUUCACUAGGUCCCCCCGUGUGGUUCUGGGAUUUUUGCUCACCGUUCUUGUGAUCAUUUUGACCCCACGGGGUGAGAUCUUGCGUGGAGCCCCAGAUCGAGGGAGAUUAUCAGUGGUCUUGUAUGUCUUCCAUUUCCUAAUAAUUGCUCCCACAGUUGAUUUCUUCAAACCAAGCUGCUUACCUAUUGCAGAUUCAGUCUUCCCAGCCUGGUACAGGUCUACAAUUGUGUUUCUGGUGUCCUUUGACAGCUCUUUGGUCUUGGCCAUAGUGGAGUUUGGAGUGUGACUGUUUGAGGGUGUGGACAGGUGUCUUUUAUACUGAUAACAAGUUCAAACAGGUGCCAUUAAUACAGGUAACGAGUGGAGGACAGAGGAGCCUCUUAAUGAAUAAGUUACAGGUCUGUGAGAGUCAGAAAUCUUGCUUGUUUGUAGGUGACCAAAUACUUAUUUUCCACCAUAAUUUGCAAAUAAAUUCAUUAAAAAUCCUACAAUGUGAUUUUCUGGAUUUUUUUUCCUCAAUUUGUCUGUCAUAGUUGACGUGUACCUAUGAUGAAAAUUACAGGCCUCUCUCAUCUUUUUAAGUGGGAGAACUUGCACAGUUGGUGGCUGACUAAAUACUUUUUUUCCCCACUGUAUAUGGAUGAGCAAUGUCAGAGCGGCAUAGACUAAGAUACAGUAAAAUAGUAUAGAAUACAGUAUAUACAUAUGAGAUGAGUAAUGCAAGAUAUGUAAAUAUUAUUAAAGUGACUAGUGUUCCAUUUGUUAAAGUGGCAGCAGCCUCUAAUGUGCUACUUUUCGUUCCCAGUGAUGAUGUUCGUCACGCCAGUAUUAAGAGCUGGGUGAGAGCAUUGCCAGUCAGUGUUAAAAUCUUAGAUCGAUGGGAGAAGCCUCCAACUAUGACUCACUGUCAAUCGAUCUAUGACCCAGUGAACAAUCCUAGUGUGAAUCGCAGUACUUUUAAGUGAUGGGCCAAUUAGGCAGCUAAACCCCAUAGUCCUGAAGGAAUGAGAGGGUGUUAUUGCACAACCAACUGUCAUCAUCACCAUAGCCAACAUGGCGGAGUAUUGUGGCUGAUGAGGGUCAAGUAAGAGGCACUUUUUUAGCUUUGAAAUGUGAAAGGCUUUCAAGUGCUUAUAUGUACUUCUAAAGACUUAUGGGCUGAAUUAACCAACCCCAUACAUACCAGAAGAGUUGAUUGACAGCAGGAAUUGCCAAUGAUGGCCCUUUGACCCUACUACAUCAGCAAACAUACACUACAUCACCAAAAGUAUGUGGACACCCCUUCAAAUUAGUGGAUUCGGCUAUUUCGGCUACACCUGUUGCCACACCUGUUGCUGUUAAUUAUUUAUGCAUAGUCACUUUAACUCUACCCACAUGUACAUAUUACUUCAACUACCUCAACUAGCCGGUGCCCUCGCACAUUGACUCUGCACCGGUACCCCCCGUGUGUAUAUAUAGCCUCCCUACUGUUAUUUUAUUUUACUUCUGCUCUUUUUUUCUCUCAACACUUAUUUGUUUUAUUCUACUUUUUUAUUCAAAAUAAAUGCACUGCUGGUUAAGGGCUGUAAGUAAGCAUUUCACUGUAAUGUCUGCACCUGUUGUAUUCGGUGCAUGUGGCCAAUCAAAUUUGAUUUGAUUUGACAGGUGUAUAAAAUUGAGCACACAGCCAUCUCCAUAGACAAACAUUGGCAGUAGAAUGGCCUUACUGAAGAGCUCAGUGACUUUCAGAGUGGCACCGUCAUAGGAUGCCACCUUUCCAACAAGUCAGUUUGUCAUAUUUCUGCCCUGGUCAACUGUAAGUGCUGUUAUUGUGAAGUGGAAACGUCUAGGAGCAACAACAGCUCUACUGCGAAGUGGUAGGCCACACAAACUCACAGAACGGGUCCGCCGAGUGCUGAAGCAGGUAAAAAUUGUCUGUCCUCGGUUGCAACACUCACUACAGAGUUCCAAACUGCCUCUGGAAGCAACGUCAGCACAAGAACUGUUCGUGUUCGUCGGGAGCUUCAUGAAAUGGAUUUCCAUGGCCAAGCAGCUGCACACAAGCCUAAGAUCACCAUGCGCAAUGCCAAGUGUCGGCUGGAGUGCUGUAAAGCUCGCCGCCAUUGGACUGGAGCAGUGGGAACGCGUUCUCUGGAGUGAUGAAUCACGCUUCACCAUCUGGCAGUCUGACGGACAAAUCUGGGUUUGGCGGAAGCCAGGAGAACGCUACCUGCCCAAAUGCAUAGUGCAAACUGUAAAGUUUGGUGGAGGAGGAAUAAUGGUCUGGGGCUGUUUUUCAUGGUUCGGGCUAGGCCCCUUAGUUCCAGUGAAGGGAAAUCUUAACGCUACAACAUACAAUGACAUUCUAGACGAUUCUGUGCUUCCAACUUUGUGUCAACAGUGUGGGGAAGGUAUUUUCCUGUUUCAACAUGACAAUGUCCCCGUGCACAAAGCGAGGUCCAUUUAGAAAUGGUUUGUCGAGAUCAGUGUGGAAGAACUUGACUGGCCUGCACAGAGCCCUGACCUCAACCCCAUCGAACACCUUUGGGAUGAAUUGGAACACUGACUGUGAGCCAGGCCUAAUCGCCCAACAUCAGUGCCCGACCUCACUAAUGCUCUUGUGGCUGAAUGGAAGCAAGUCCCCGCAGCAAUGUUCCAACAUCUAGUGGAAAGCCUUCCCAGAAGAGUGGAAGCUGUUAUAGAAGCAGAAGGGGGACCAAUUCCAUAUUAAUGCCCAUGAUUUUGGAAUGAGAUGUUCGACGAGCAUGUAGUGUAUGGCCAUGUAGUGGUCUGUCUAUCUUAUCUAUACCUCAACCCACUGAACCCAGAUUCAUCCUUGACAUGUACAGUACAGCCAACAAAUGUUACACAGUAAAGCUAUGUUACAAAACUAGAUAACCUGUUGCACUUUGGACCAGGCAUAAGAAAAAGUCCCCUCAAAGUAUAAACGGACAUCUGCCUCUGGCUGUGUCGUAAUGAAGUUACAGGGUUAUUGGGUUUGUCGUCCAAUGAUGAUGUCAGCCGUCUUGUGCUCAGCCUCUUCCUCUUGUGUGUUCCUCUGACAGUGAUGUGCAUGGACGCCAAGAUCAACUUUGACUCCAACGCGGCGUACCGCCAAAAGAAAGUGUUUGACAUGCAGGACUGGACCCAGGAGGAUGCCAGGGACCGACAGGCAGCCAAGGCUGACCUCAACUACAUCGGCCUGGAUGGAUCCAUCGGCUGUCUGGGUGAGUGCCAAAACACACUCACCACUGGUUCACUGCACCACACACCUUGCUUUGGUUCACUGUAGUAACAGUAGUGAUAGAAAUAUUUUGUUAUUUGUGUAUUCAUUCUAUACACUGUGUGUGCGUGUGCAGUGAACGGGGCUGGUCUUGCCAUGGCCACCAUGGACAUCAUCAAGCUGCAUGGUGGCACGCCCGCCAACUUCCUGGACGUGGGGGGCGGAGCUACAGCCCACCAGGUGAUGGAGGCCUUCAAACUCAUCACCUCCGACAGGAAGGUAAGGACUGGGAGUGGGGGACACUUAUCACUGUAACUAACACCUCAUCUCUUGUGGUCAUUGAAGAACCAUUAAGCUGCAGUAGGUAUUCACUUAUCACUGUGGCACCAACAGGCACAGACCUGUCACGUAUUCCACAGGCCUUCACCCUGACUUCUAACCCCAACUGGAACGGGAUGGCUGGGUAUCUGGGUCAUGAGCAGCCUGCAGCUUAUACUAAUUAUGUUUUGAUGGGGUUAGGGGGUAGUGGUAGGGAUUAAUUACGAAUUCCUGAUGUUUGGACCUUCAGGAAGGUUAUGGUUAUAUAAGGUAACUUUUCAGUAGACGCAUCCCCUAGUAGGUGUGUCUUUUGACAGACAUGUCUGGAGAUCUCUAGGAUUUCAGUAGGAGAGCCCACUCUGGGGGUGAGGUUUAAUACUGGUGGAACCUAUGGGGUGACAUUUAUCUGGGAGAUUUUAAAUGGAGGAUUACUUUAAAAGGAACACCUAUGGGUGUACAGGGAGGGUUCUCACCUGCUAUGUGACAUACAAUUAGUAAUUCAUUCAUUUACAUAGCCUGAUGUAUGAGGAGGUUUUUGAUAGAUGGUUAAAAGCUCUCUGGUGGUAGAUUUGUGGUUAAUGUUGAUGCUAAUGAUUCUGUUGAUGCUAUAGGAUUAGUAGGUUUUGUUGUUAAUAGUGCUGUAUGGAUUUUGUAAUCAAGCCUUGUGAUUGCUUGGUUUUGUCUUGUUGCUAUGGUCAAUAUCUUCAGUCAUGUUUUCAUGGUCAACAUCUCUGUUUGUGGUCCUCAGGUGCAGGCCAUCCUGGUGAACAUCUUCGGCGGCAUCAUGAGAUGUGACAUCAUCGCUCAGGGCAUUAUCAUGGCUGUUACAGACCUGGACCUGAAGAUUCCCAUUGUGGUACGGUUACAAGGUGAGACUGACCUCCCUCAGAGUCAUCGGCUACCGCACUGACAUUUUGGCACUGUCACACAGUGACACACACACAGUGGGCCGUGAGAGAAGGAGGGGGUGACACCAGGACAACAAUGGAGCGUGGCCUUUUAAAGGUCAAAGAGCAAGCUGCCUGUCAGGAUUAGGCUCUUCUACUACUUCUACACACACACGCAUACACACAACCUGUGCUGUGGAACCCUGUAGCUCCCAGCCUUAUUCCAGCCUCUCCCUUCUGACAAUGUACCAAAACACACAGGGACAAAUAGAAUGUGUGUAUUCAUACAGAACUCAAUUAUUCAGUUAAACUAAAUGUAAUUGGACUAAAAUGAUUGCCUUCACAAACAGUUUAGUUACUUACAAUGAACUUUCACAAAUCAUAGACUUCUAUUUUACUGUAUGUCUUUUUGAGGUUAUUAUUCCAAUCAUGUAGCCCAAGUUUAUUUUCUUGAGUGGAUGAUUGUAGACUGCAAAUUGACCACAAGAUGCCCAAAUAGAUGUAAUAUUGAACCUUCCUUACGUGUGUAUACUAUCACGUCUCCUUUAUUAUGUGGGGGAAUACUUAGGAACAGAUUUCCAAAAUUAAAAUCACUUGGAGCUGAUUUCCUGAUGUUUUUACAGUCUUAUGUCCAACAAUGAAUAUAUAUAUAUUUUUAAAUAUGAUUUCUUAUUAUUAAAUAAAACCACCCAUGGGCAGCCAGUUGGGGAACCCUGAUGUAGCCUAUGUAUUGUUCAGUCGCCUGCAUUCAUGCCUUGCAUGUAUUGAGGCACUUUCUACUUGUAUGUAUGCAAUGCAAUAAUGAUCCCCUACUCUAAUAUGAAAUGUAAUUUAGACCACAUUUAUACCAGAGCGACUUAUAGGAGCCUUGCUCAAGGGCACAUCGACAGAUUUGUUUUACCUAGUUGGCUCAGGGAUUCAAACCAGCGACUCAACGCUUUCAACCACUAGGAUACCUGCCUCAUUAUAAUAGAACUGAAAUGAUGAAAUAUAUGAGAGUUUAACACUAAUAGUGCAGAUAAAAAGCUAUAUAGAAGAGAACCAAAGAGCUUUGAUAAAGAGAGAGGCUAAAGAGAGACUUCUGCUCUGCUGUGUUUCAGGAUCCAGAGUGGACGAUGCCAAAGCUCUGAUCGCUGCUAGCCCACUAAAGCUCUUGGCCUGUGACGAUCUGGACGAGGCCGCUAGAAUGGUAUGA